UUUUUCAAAAGGGCCGAACUUCAUCUGGCACAUGGACUCAUAUGACAAACUGAAGCCAUAUGGCAUCUGUAUCAAUGGUAGUAUUGACUGUUUCUCGAGAAAAAUAAUCUGGCUUAAUGCAUACACAACAAAUAGUAAUCCGAAAGUGAUCGGGGGGUAUUACAUAGAAGCGGUGCAGCGUUUAAAGGGCUGCCCUAGAGUUGUGAGGGGGGAUAUAGGAACUGAAAAUGGCCAUGUUAGAGGCUUUCAGCGUUUCCUUGUGCCCGUGGCUCCUAACGACACCCUUGAGAGUUACUUGGAGGGAGCAAGUACCGCCAAUCAAAGGAUUGAAUACUGGUGGCGUUUUCUUCGCAGCCAGUGUUUGGAGUUCUGGUUAUCCUUAUUUGCAGACAUCAGAGACAACGGGUACUUUGAUGGUGGGUUUCUGGACAAAAACCUCCUUCAGUUUUGUUGCAUGGGACUCAUCCAGGAUGAGCUGGAUGACACUGCACAGGUUUGGAAUGCACACUCCAUCAGGCCGUCAACAAACAUCAAUAUCCCCAGUGGUCGACCUAAUGUAAUGUAUACAUUACCUGAGCUCUACGGAACAAGAGACUUCCUUUGCCCCACUGAAGAAGAACAUGUUGAAAUGUGUAAAACUGAGUGUGUUUUUCGACUGACCAAACCAUGUGACCCUGAUGUGUAUGAACUAUGCAAUAUCCUCAUGACCGAGUCCCAUCUGACUCCACCAACAGACCCAUAUCAGGCUGUGAACUUGUACAUGCAUCUAAGAGAGAACAUCAUGGCAUUAGUGUAAAUUGCAUACACUGCAGCAGAGAACGUUUCUCAAAAUUGACCUGUGCUAUAUGUG